AUGACAGCCUCCGUGCUCCUCCACCCCCGCUGGAUCGAGCCCACCGUCAUGUUCCUCUACGACAACGGCGGCGGCCUGGUGGCCGACGAGCUCAACAAGAACAUGGAAGGGGCGGCGGCGGCGGCGGCAGCGGCGGCGGCGGCGGCGGCGGCCGGGGCGGGGGGGGGGUUCCCCCACCCUGCGGCGGCCGCGGGGGGCAACUUCUCGGUGGCCGCGGCGGCGGCGGCGGCGGCGGCGGCCGCGGCCAACCAGUGCCGCAACCUGAUGGCGCACCCCGCGCCGCUGGCGCCCGGCGCCGCCGCCGCCGCCGCCGCCUACAGCAGCGCGCCCGGGGAGGCGCCGCCGUCCGCCGCCGCCGCCGCCGCCGCUGCCGCCGCCGCCGCCGCCGCCGCCGCCGCCGCCUCGUCCUCGGCCGGGCCCGGGCCGGCGGGCCCGGCGGGCGCCGAGGCGGCCAAGCAGUGCAGCCCGUGCUCGGCGGCGGCGCAGAGCUCGUCGGGGCCCGCCGCGCUGCCCUACGGCUACUUCGGCAGCGGCUACUACCCGUGCGCCCGCAUGGGCCCGCACCCCAACGCCAUCAAGUCGUGCGCGCAGCCCGCCUCGGCCGCCGCCGCCGCCGCCUUCGCCGACAAGUACAUGGACACCGCGGGGCCCGCGGCCGAGGAGUUCAGCUCCCGCGCCAAGGAGUUCGCCUUCUACCACCAGGGCUACGCGCCCGGGCCCUACCACCACCACCAGCCGGUGCCCAGCUACCUGGACAUGCCGGUGGUGCCGGGCCUCGGGGGCCCCGGCGAGUCGCGCCACGAACCCCUGGCGCUGCCCAUGGAAAGCUACCAGCCCUGGGCGCUGCCCAACGGCUGGAACGGCCAAGUGUACUGCCCCAAAGAGCAGGCGCAGCCUCCCCACCUCUGGAAGUCCACUCUGCCCGACGUGGUUUCUCAUCCCUCAGACGCCAGCUCCUACAGAAGGGGGAGAAAGAAGCGCGUCCCUUACACCAAGGUGCAGUUAAAAGAACUCGAGCGGGAAUACGCUACAAAUAAAUUCAUUACCAAGGACAAACGGAGGCGGAUAUCAGCCACGACAAACCUCUCCGAGCGGCAGGUUACAAUCUGGUUCCAGAACCGGAGGGUCAAAGAGAAAAAAGUCAUCAACAAGCUGAAGACCACGAGUUAA